CUGUUUCUCUUCCCCAAUCCCAGACCGCAGUGAUGUGGGCGCGGAGCUCGGCCGCCCCGCCUCGCUCUCCGCCAUGAAUGGGUCCACCGUGCAGCCCUCCCGCACGUCCUCGGCAAAACUGCGCUGCGCUAUAGCCUGGCGGACGAGGCAGCCAUGGACAGCGGCGCACGCUGGCAGCGGGGUCGCCUGGUGCUGCGGGCCCCGGGCCCAGGCCAUGGCCGCCUACUGCAGCUCUUUGACCCGCCCAAGAGCUCAAAGCCCAAGCUCCAAGAGGCAUGUUCCAGCAUCCGGGAGGUCCGGCCAUGCACACGCCUGGAGAUGCCUGACAACCUCUAUACCUUUGUGCUGAAAGUGCAGGACCAGACAGACAUCAUCUUUGAGGUGGGAGACGAACAGCAGCUGAACUCAUGGCUGGAGGAGCUCAGAACAAGCACAGGCCAAGGGCUGGAGCGCAUGGACACAGAGUUACCCCUUUCUUUCAUGUCAGAGCCUGGCCCAGCCAGCUCUCCAAGGGGAAGCACAGACUCCCUGGACCAAGGUGCUUCACCCGGGACAGUGUUGGACCCAGCCUGCCAGAAAACAGAUCACUUCCUGUCCUGCUACCCCUGGUUCCAUGGCCCUAUUUCCAGGGUAAAAGCUGCACAGUUGGUUCAGCUGCAGGGCCCUGAUGCCCACGGUGUGUUCCUGGUGCGGCAGAGUGAGUCCAGGAGAGGGGAGUAUGUGCUCACAUUCAACUUACAGGGCAGAGCCAAGCACCUCCGCCUGGUGCUCACAGAGCGUGGACAGUGCCGUGUACAGCACCUGCACUUUCCCUCGGUGGUGGACAUGCUCCACCACUUCCAGCGCUCCCCCAUCCCACUUGAGUGUGGAGCAGCCUGUGAUGUCCGGCUCUCUGGCUAUGUGGUAGUUGUCUCCCAAGCACCAGGUUCCUCCAACACGGUCCUCUUCCCCUUCUCCCUUCCUCCCUGGGACUCGGAGCUGGGUCUUUCCCACCUCAACUCUGCUGGCUGUCCCCCCAGUCUGGGCGCAGAGGCUCUCCCUGGCCGAGUGACACCCCCAGAGCAAAUCUUCCACUUGGUGCCUUCUCCUGAGGAACUGGCCAACAGUCUGCGGCACCUGGAACUGGAGCCUGUGAGCAAUGCCCGGGACUCAGACUAUGGGAUGGACUCCUCUUCACGGAGCCACCUUCGUGCCAUCGACAACCAGUACACCCCUCUCUCACAGCUGUGCAGGGAUGCAAACUUGUGAAUGUAAUCAUCGUCUUUCCCUCCAGAGAGCUACUGGCUGCAGUGUAAGCCUUCCCCAGCUCAGAUGUGUCCUCCACCAGGCUGCCACAGCUAGCCCCUGGCUUUCUCCCACUGUUUACAGAUGUAGUUCUUGUGCACAGGUGCCACUAGCUGGUACCCUAGGCCCCAUCCCCAACCCAGAGGAGUGGGGCUACAGGCCCAGAGCUGGCAGCGGAAACUGACAGUCAGAGCUGAUGACAGACUCCCUACCAGGUAGGGUCAUUGGGAAGCACAAAACACUAACAAGUCCCCGUUUCCUCCCUGUAGCUUCAGUUCCACAGGUAGAUGCUUCUUAAUCCUGCUUCUUCUGCUCCCAGCUUUAGACAGAAGCUCUGCCAGAGGGACAGGCUGAAAAGUCAAAAAUUCUAAACAUUUUACCUCAGAUUGAUUGAUUUUUUUUUUUUUUUUUAAGGAUUCAGGUUUCUGUAUGAGAUCACAGCUUAUUUCCCUGUACUGCCCUACCAGGACCGGUGCCACUCCAGUCAGGGCAGCACACCUGUUUCCCUCACCCGAGCUAAGCCAGCACGCUAGUGUCCUUGUCUGCCCCUCCUCAGGACGGUUGCCUGCUAUAUGGGGUAGCCACUGUCCUCCCUAAUGUAGAGAAUGAAGUGUGUCACCCUUUCAGGGAAAUCCAGGCAGCUUGCAGAGAGAGGAGGGUGGCAAGGGGCAUUCUAUCCCCAGUGCCUUAUGCAUAAAAAAACAGGACUCUGGUUUACAGCAGCUUUAUAUAGAGGAUGUGAUAGACAGGUCGGGGAAAGACAAGCACAAAUGCAAAGGUGCCUGGGCCUGUGUAGUGAACCCAAAUUUAUAGCUUGCCCCCCACCAAGAAUUAAUGACUUAUUGAGUAUGGCUCCGUUUUGAUCCAAAAGGAAGUUGGCACCAUGAAAUUCCUGCAACAGCUCAAAGUAAGUGUUCUGUCCAAGGUGGCAGCAGGGUGGAAGGGUAUGUUCCUGUACAUACAACUAAUAGGGUCUAUACUGGUCUGGCCUUUUCCAGGUGACACAGCUCACAGGGGCUAGAAAGUGGCUGCUCCUGAGCUCAAAGGUGCGGGUCAUACAGACUUUGGGUUCACAGCUGUGGCAGUAGGAAGUCACAAUUUAAUUCAGAGGCAGAUAUGCUGAUACCCUUCUCACCUGGUUACCCUCUACUGUGCAAGCUUGUGUGGCCCUUAGUGGAUGGGGGUGGGAAGAGCAGCCAACUGUGCUUAAUCUUGCAACACACCAUUGUGUUCACAGAGCAAGGCACAUCCCACAUAGGUGCAGAUUUGUGUUCCAUCUUUAAGAGAACUAGCUUUCCUUCAUUUUCCAUAAAAAGUAUGAGCCAAAGAUAAAAGCAAUAUUCAGCCACUGGUCCAGACUCCUCUAAGCUAUGUAGUCCUGGAAAGGGGCUGAUUGGACGAUUGUAUCUCUGUCUAUACAAACUAGGGGCAUUCAUUUCUCCUGGGUUCAUCAGACAAACAUCUCUCAGUAGAGGGGAGACUGGCCACACACUGUAAACCAGCACCUCUGCCGCACCAUGGUUGGAGAAGCUUCCUUUCAAAAGGUGUAUUUUAUGACAGUCUUCUCAUGGCUCUGGAAUAGAGUGGCACUAAGCUAUCACCUUUUCUUUCUGCUACAGUAGGUCCAAUUGGCUGAAGGGGAAUAGGUGGCUUAAUGAGGUCCAGGCAAGAUGCCUUCACCAGUGUCAUUACCAGGCAGGCACCAUUCCCACCCCCAGUAUUCCUGACAGACCACCACUGGCAGGUGAGGCCACACUAGGCACAGUGUGAGUUGGCCCUAUAGAGACUCCCUGCACCAUUGCUUCCUUCUGACUACAACUAUACACUAACAGCCACCAGCACCAAAGAAUCGAGUCAGCUAACCUGCCUUGACUUUAGACCAGCAGUCCAUAUGGCUUUAUCUGAUAGAACUCUUCCUUCUGCCUUUGAUCAUUUCUGAACCCUAGGAAAAAGGAAUAGUGACCAUUAACAAUUUUGGGCCAGAUAACACUAUUUUUCAGAAGUUUCUUAACCUAAAAGGAGGCUCAUCUCUUCCCUGAGGGCUCUUGUUCAAAUGUUACCUUAGUGCAAACAUCAAGUCACUUGUCAUCUACUGCCUCCUAAUGGAGAUGCAUCUAACAGCCAGUGUGUAAGGCUGGAAUAAGCAUUGUGACAACAGGAAGAAGGGAUUUCAUCUUCUAUCAUUACAGGCAGAAGGUAUUUGGCAAAUCUUUGUUUUAUGUACUGUAUGAGUAACUUAUUCUUGAAUAAUGCAGAUUUUGCUACAGUGUACAAAUUGCUAUAUGUGAAUUAAAAAGGUUUUCAGAAUUAA